AUGGCAUCUGAAGCUAUUCCUUGCGCAGUUCUGGUAUUCAGGAUAUUUACCCUUGCGGCAUGCGUUGCUUCUGGCUGGUUACUUGUUCUCGACCACUUUACAAUUUCUAAUCAGAAAUUACGCUUUCAGGAUCUGGUUACGUUCAGGUAUGUGCUUUCUGCAGCAGUAAUUGGAGCAGCAUACAGCAUACUACAGCUACCUUUUAAUAUAUACUAUGCUUCCACCCAAAAGCGUUUGAUACGCAACGGAUGCAUGCCGGAGUUUGAUUUCUUUGCCGACAAGGUAGUGAGCUUGAUUCUAUCUUCGGCUGUGGGAGCUGGUUUUGGAGCGGGAGUUGAGCUCAAAAAGUUUAUCGAAGCGUUACUUCCUCUGCUCGGCCUUGACAACUUGAGGGAAGCACAAACGAAGAACGAUGACUUCUAUGAGAAGGCUAUUGUCGCUACCGGAAUUCUCUUGGUUGGAGCUGUUUGCAUGGCUGUGGUUUCAAUCCUCACUUCCAUUGCUCGAACUCCCGGUUUCUUCGGGUACCGGUAA